AUGGAGGGAAAAAGCGCUGACACUGAACCAUUAGAGGUUUCUGAGAGCUGUUUGAUACCCAACGUUAUACAACCUACUAAACCGAGUCAUUUUACUGAUGUGAACCGGAGCUAUUUAUACAAAAACAAAACAAGAAGUAGACGAACAUUUCUACAAGAUCAAACUACAGCAUCUACAAAACUUCCCCGAAUUUUACCAAAAGGUCUUCCGUAUGUUGCUAAUUUCGUCUCAUUUGAGGAACUUGUAGAACGUGGAACCCUUGAGGCAUGUACACAAGAAGCGGUAGACUUCUCUGUAGAUGACCUUCGUCUUUUAUACGAAGCCAAAUGUAUGGAUCAAUCCCUUCCACCUUCAUGGGAACGGGAAAUGCGUUUUAUGGAACUUAUUAGUGCUAAUUGUACUGGUAAUUUCUUUUCUUUAAAAGAAUGUGGAUUUGGUCCUAUGUGUGCUGAAGCUAUUGCACAUAUUUUGUCAAACAAUAAAAAAUAUAUUAUUCUUGAUCUCAGUGGUAAUAGAUUACGAGAUGAAGGGGCUUGUUCUAUUGCUAGACUUAUUAGUGUUAACAGAACCCUUGUUCAUAUUGGUCUUCGUUCAAAUGAUAUUGGUCACAUUGGAGGUAUGGCGUUGGCUAAUGCUCUUCUUGAAAAUAAUACUGUGGUUUCUCUUGACGUUGGUGCCCAUUCUGGUAUUAAUGGAAAUCAUAUUGGUACUGAAGGAGCAGAAGCAAUAGGUAAUAUGCUUCGUGCCAAUAAAGUAUUAUCUCAUUUAAACAUUAGUAGUAAUGGUUUAGGUCCUGCAGGUCUUUCUUACAUUACUGCUGGUCUUGAAGGGAAUUGCAGUCUUACUCGUUUAGACAUUUCUAUAAAUAGCUUAGGAUACGCUGGAGCCAAAGCUAUUGCUUCUGCCCUUGAAAAUUGCUCUAUUACACACCUUUCUUUACAUCGUAACAGUCUCACUGAUAAUGGUGGAAUGGUGAUUUUUCAAGCUAUUGGUGAUGCUAUUGAUAAUGGAGAAGAUAGAAUUGAGUUUCUUAAUUUGGAAAAUAAUGAUCUUGGUGAAAAGACUGCUAAGGCAUUACAAAAAGUAUUAUCUUCUUCUACAGCAUUAAAACAACUUCGUUUAUCCUCCAACAAUUUUGGUUCUGCUUCAAAGUAUAUUAUGGAAGGAUUGGGAGAAAAUAAGAGUCUUCGCUCACUUUAUUUAUCUUUUUGUGAUAUUAGAGAAACUGAUGGAGCACCUUUUGCUUCUGCAUUGACCGCAAAUGCUACAUUACAGACUCUUGAUUUAUCAAAUAAUAAACUAAAGGAUGCAGGAACUAAAUGUAUUGCUGAAGCUAUGAAAACUAAUGAAGGAUUAGUCUCUCUAAAUCUUUCCUGUAAUAAAAUAUCAGAUGAAGGAGGAAAAGCGAUUGCAUCAUUUCUUACAAGUAAUCGAACUCUUCGUGAUCUUAAUUUACGUCGCAAUACCAUGUCUAAUGUGACUGGUGAAUUACUAGAUGAGCAACUUCGUGGAAAUUUUACCCUUGAAAAAAUGGAUGUGACAUUCAAUGAUUUCCGUUAUAAAUGCCUUAUGGGUCACAAAGCGACUCUUGCCCGCAAUGCGGAGCAUAACAAACGCCUUGUAGUUCCCAAGCUCCGUACGGAGAUUGAGACCCUGUCGUACAAGGAGAAGGAGCUCACGCAGACGGAGGACGAGAUUGAGAUGGAGCGCCGCAUCAUCAAGGACCGCAGCGAGCAGCUGCUCCGCCGCAACGAGGAGGCCCGAGUGACGUUUGAGAAGGCGCGGCGGGAAAUUGCGGAUCUCGAGAAGAGCGUCGCGGUCGUGCGGGGCCGCUGCGAGGCGGCGGAGGCGGUCCUGCGGCGGACGGAGGAGCGGGUGGGCCGCGAGAUGGCGGAGUUGGCCGCGCGGCGGGCGGGCGUCGAGGGGCGGGCGCAGGCGGAGCGGGACCGCGCGGAUCGCCUCCGCCGCGAGAUGGAACGCAUGCGGCGCCAACUGCGGCAGGCGGAGGAGGCGGAGGCGACGCGACUGCGGCCGCUCCUCGUCGACGUGGGCAUCGCCGAGGCCGACAGGGACCGGGAGGCCCGCGAGUGCCGGCACGAGGCUGACAAACUCGCCGCCCUCGAACUGCAGCGCAAGGAACUCGAGCGGAAUGCCGGUCUCUCACUCCCAAAGAAGUCUCAAGCGAAUAACGAUACACGGCAGAAGAAGCGCUAG